AUGGCCGACGAUGAGAAAAAGAAGGAGAAAAUCGACGAAAGACCUGAAUUCCUAUGGAAUUACAUAAUGAAGACCAUGAGACUGAAACAGGAAAAGUGGAAUAAAAUGAUAAGCACCAAUGAAUAUAAGGAAAUAAUUUUCGGCUUCCUCAAUGAACCCUAUCAGGAACGUAUAAUAUUUACCCUGAACGCUGCCUCCUUACUGGUGCCGUCAUACAAUUUCCCUGAAAAACCAUUGAGCAAAAUGGUAUAUUUUCUGCGUAAUGAAAUUCCCAGCACUUUGACGCCCAACAAUAUGCAUGAUUCUCUAAUGAUUGGUGAUUUAUUGCCAAAUGUUCUAGAAAAUCUUUCGGUGAUUUGUGAUGAUGUUAUCUCUCCGCUGCUCAAUAAUCCGGUUAAUCAAAAUGGCUGGACUUCGGUAAUUGUAAAUGAUAUGAAAACAGAAUCGCAAAAUCUACGCAAUGGCAUUGCCCAAAUGAAAGGUUUAGUAAUAAAUCGUACCAUACUACCGCUGCCGAUAUGCAUUGAUGAGGUUAUGGCCAAUGCUCCGGCCAUUGCAAGAGGUGACCUAAGCAAAGUAAAUCACAUGAUGAAGAACUCUCUAGAAUUUAUGGUAGCCAAAUGGUUGGACUCUGUGGAAGAUUUGGUACACGUUAAGUCCCGCGAUAAAAUAUUUUCCAAAGAGGCAUUCCCUAGGCCGGAACAUUUAAUAACCUUUUGGGAUUCACGUCUGGAAAAUUUGGAGAACUUAGCAGAUCAAUUGGGAGAGAAGCGAAUUAAAACUAUUGGAUUUGUAUUGGAAAAAAUACGAUCGGUCUUUGAGAGUAGUUAUCGUCGUAUUGUCGAAUUGGUAAUGGAGGCAUUGACUGAGGCAAGGGAUAUUACCAAAUAUUUAACGCCGUUGCGAAAAAUGGUCGAAAAAUUCGAAACAGCCGAUUUAGAUGAAAAUCGCAGCAGCAUACGCCCUCUCCUACUGACCGUCGGCCUCGUUUGGGGCCACUCAAAAUAUUUCCACACCCUCGACAAUAUGGUUUUGCUGUUUCAACUUUUACACAACACCCUAAUUGAUUGUGCCAUGCGUACCAUAGAAGCCGAUUCCAUAUUUCAAGGUGAUGUUGACGAGGCCUUCAAACGGGUUCAAAAUAACAUUGGCCACUUGGAGUAUUAUCGUACGACCUACAAUGAAACCCGAAGUUCUUUGAAAAAAUUUAAAGUUGGUACAGAAUUCAAUUCACAAGAUUGGACAUGGCAUCCGGAAGAGAUUUUCGGCCGAUUUGACAAAUUCAUUGAACGUCUUCGGGUACUGCAGGAACUUUUUGAAACAGGGCGGGAUUUUGUGAAAUUGGAAAAGGUCGUUGUGGGUGGUUUGAAGGGUGGUCAGAUAACCCAUGAUAUAGAGAAAAUCCUCGAAGAAUAUAAUGGUUAUUAUCGUGAAUGGUCGAAUAUACAAUAUAAUCCAUUGGAUCCGGAUGCGGUAAAUUCCACCUUUGAAGAGGAUAGGAAAAUGUUUAAAGAGAAAACCGACGUGUUGGAACGAAAAUUGGCAUUUCAAUUUCAAAAGGCUUUGGAAGAUUCACAUGAUCUUAUGUUGUGUGGUUCGCUGUUGUUGCGGCCUAUUAUUAAGGCCCAUUUGGAUCCAUUUAUGCAUAUUUUGGUCGAUGAUUUUUUAGAGGAAAUUCAGGCGGUUAAGGUGGAUUUUAACACUUUUGAGAAGAUCUAUAAGGAGAAGGGGGUUUAUGCUCUACCCACCGAUCAUUGUUUUCCACCAAUUUCCGGAGCCGUUUCGUAUUUGAAUAAAGUGGAACAUCGGAUUGUUUGGAUGCGUACGGAUUACGAACUUUAUGAUUAUCCGUUAUGGGAGGAUGAACAUGGUCGACAUACAAUGGCAUUGUAUGAACAAAUGAUUGGUGAGAUAGGUCAAUUGCGACAAACCAUAUUGGAAUAUUGGACCGUCGAAGCAAAGAAGCAUAUACGAGAAGGCAUGGAACUACCAUUGCUGACCAAAGAUGAAGAUGGCAUUUUAACGGUAAAUUUCAAUACCAAUUUAAAAAAUGCCCUUAAGGAUACCAAAUAUAUGCUGCUCAUGAAUUGUGAGGUCCAUGACGAGAUUAAGGAAUACUUUGACAAAGAGGAGCAAUUUUGGGAGGCUCGCAUUAAACUGCAACGAAUUGCCGAAUGGUAUAACGACAUUAAUGUUCGAGCCAAGCCCAGUGAAAAGGCUCUCAUUCAAGCGGAAUUAAUGCUCUAUGAAUUAUUUAUGCAACCCCUUAUCGAUAGGGUUGCCUGGAAUAAUUUUGAUCAAAAUUUCAUUGUGGAGGUGUUUACAAAAAUCGAAUAUCUACACAAACGUUUGGUUCAAUGCCAGGCAAAUGUGACGGCCAUUAAGGCCAGCAUCAAUUCUUGGGGCAAAAAACCCCUUUACAUACGCAAAAACAAUAAUCCCAAGGCUUUGCUGGAAACCGAGCCACGCAUGGAAAUCUUAGCCUUUAGGGUGAUACAAGCUAAUGACACUGCUCUACUCAUCGACCGGUUGAUGUAUGAAAAUGCAAAACUAUUCUUUGACAUACCAAGGCGUUUUGAAAUUGCCGGCGAUGAAGAAGGUGAGGAGGAGGGAGAGGACAACGAAGCCAUGGCAGCUGAGGAAAAACCCUCAAAGAAAGAACAGACAAAAACCGCAAAGCAACCAGCGGCAAACAAACCAAACAAAAAACGUCUUACACAACCACAAAAAUUGACGGAAUUCGCCGAAGAAGAUGGCGAAGAGGAGGAAGAAGGAGAAGAUAUCAUAACAGCCUAUCAUCGCUUUGAACUACUGCAAUCGGUUAGCGAUGAGGAACGUGAACUAUUUCGUGAAUAUGAAAAGUAUGUCGACGAGGAGAUUGCCAAAGAACUGUUGGAUGCUGUUAUAACCAGCAUCACUUAUUUACGCAUGGAAAUUGAAAAUCGUUAUGAACACGAUGCUCCUGUCUUUGAGAUUUUAAUGGAAUUGCAAGAGCCGCAUGUCUGUUAUUUUCCCGAUUUGCAUCCAGCAUCGAAAGUCGGUUUUACAUUUCACAUGGAAACGCUGUUGGAGGAUAUGUAUCAUAUGAUGGAAAUAUUGCCUAGAUGUGCCCAAGAUCCACCAGAGUUGGGUGUGGAACCGAGAGAUUUUGGGGAUGAAAUCGCCGAUAAAGUCGAAAUUCACAAACAUCGUACCGACAUUUUGACCAAAGUAAAAUUUGGUCUUCAAUCUAUACGGCAACAUUGUAAAACAUUCAUGGAAUUUUCCUAUCUAUGGUUGUGGGAUAAGCAGCAAUAUCUAGCUGAGGUUAAGAAAUAUGGAAGGCCACUAACACCCAGCGAAAGAGAUGAUGAGCUAGAAGGUGUAGGCGAAGUCAAACCACUGAAAGAUGAAAAUAAUCCACCACUGAGUGUAUACAAGGAACAGUUGGACAAAUUCAUUGCCCUGGAGGCACAAAUCCAGAAAUGGGAUACCUUUCAAGAUUUCAACAUUUGGUUGCGUCUCAAUAAAAAAGGUUUUCGGGCCGGGGUACUGAAUCAAGUGGGCAAAUGGAUAAGUCUUUUUAAAAUGGAUCUCAUUAAUCGUGUGAGGAAUUCAUUGAUGGAAUUAUCCAACUUCGUUGAUGAUGCAAAUGUGGCCCUGAAAAUGGAACUGAAUAAAGAUGAUUUUGAUGGCUUGAUACAAAUUAUGUCGGUAUUGAAUACCAUUAAUGAAAAACAAUUUAUAUAUGACAAUAUGUUUGAAUCGCUAAAAGAAAUUGUCGAUUUAUUGAAGACCUAUAAUUAUGAAUUCAAAGAUUCGGAACUUUUAAUGAUGACUGAACUUCCUGAAAAAUGGCUUAAGGUGAAAAAACUAUCCGCAACAGUUAAACAAGCUAUUGCUCCCAUACAAUCGUAUCAGGUGGAUUUGAUUGAAAAGCGUAUUUUACUCUGCAACAAUUUAUCGACGAAUUAUCGCAAGAAAUUCCUUAAGAAGAAGUUCUUCCAUGUACCCUGUCGCAAUGUCUACGAGUUGAUCGACGAAGCUGAUGUCGAAAUUACCGAACUGGAAGAACGUCAGCAAGAUCUUAACGGUUCGGCAGUACUUUUCGAAUUGCAAGGCCCCGAUUCAAGUAAAAUUGAAAGAUGUCGUCGUGAUUUACAGCUAAUGAAAGUUAUGUGGGAUUUUAACAUCAGCAUUGCCUCAACCAUUGAAGAUUGGAAGAAAACGCCAUGGAAGAAAAUCGAUAUCGAAGUUAUGGAUCAAGAAUGUAAGAAAUUUGGUAGAGAACUCCGCUCCCUGGAUAAAGAUAUGCGCAAUUGGGAACCAUAUUUGUAUACUGAAAAUUCGCUGAAGAACCUCAUGACAUCAUUGAGAGCGGUGACAGAGUUACAAAAUCCCGCCAUUCGCGAUCGCCAUUGGAUACAGCUGAUGCAGACGACAGGAGUUAAAUUUCGCAUGGAUGAUUCCACGACCCUUAAAGAUUUAAUAGAUCUUAAUUUGCAUGAGUACGAAGAGGAGGUGAAAAACAUUGUGGAUAAAUCGGUUAAAGAAAUGGCAAUGGAGAAGGUAUUGCGGGAUAUACACAACACCUGGGCCACUAUGGAAUUUCAAAAUGAACCACAUGAUCGCACGGCCAUUAAGCUGUUGAAGGCCAGUGAGGAGAUGAUAGAAACCCUUGAAGAGAAUCAGGUGCAGCUGCAAAAUAUGGCCUCUUCGAAAUUUGUGGGCUACUUCCAAACGGAGGUUAACAAUUGGCAGCAUAAGCUAUCAAAUGCGGAUCAAAUUAUCGGCUCAUGGUUUGAGGUACAAAGGAAGUGGGUAUAUCUCGAGAGUAUUUUUAUUGGUUCCGAGGAUAUACGUUCUCAAUUGCCGGAGGAUUCUAAACGUUUUGAUUUCAUUGAUCGGGAAUUUAAAACUUUAUUGGCCACAAUGAACGCCGAUCGUAAUGUGGUGCGGUCCACAAAUCGUGCGGGUAGUAAACUUUAUGAUAAUUUGGAACAGCUACUGAAACUUCUGCUGCUGUGUGAGAAGGCUUUGAAUGACUAUUUGGAAACAAAGCGUUUGGCUUAUCCCCGAUUUUACUUCGUAUCCUCUGCCGAUCUUUUGGAUAUCCUCUCGAAUGGUAAUAACCCCAAAAUGGUGUGUAAACAUUUGACAAAGUUAUAUGACUCCAUGGGUUCGCUGACCCUUAUACCCAAUACGAAGUUGGCUCGUGGCAUGGUGGCCAAGGAACAUGAAGAGUAUGUACCCUUCCUGGAGAAUUGUGAUUGUAGUGGUAAAGUUGAGGUAUGGCUUAAUCGUGUCACGGAUAAAAUGCGUGACACUCUGCGGGAUCAAUUUCGACGAGCUGUUAUUUCGUAUGAAGAGAAACCCCGACAUCAAUGGAUAUUCGAUUGGCCUGCCCAACCGGCAUUGGUGACCACGCAGAUAUGGUGGACCACUGAGACCAAUGAUGCCUUUGCCAAGGUCCAGCAGCGUUAUGAAAAUGCUCUCAAGGAUUACAAUAAGAAGCAGGUGAUGCAGUUGAAUCAUCUCAUCAAUCUCCUGCUGGGAGAUCUUACAGCUGCUGAUCGUCAAAAAAUCUGCACCAUUUGUACCAUUGAUGUCCAUAGUCGGGAUGUGGUGGCGAAAAUUAUUGCCGCCAAGGUUGAGGUGGUCACUGCCUUUCAAUGGCAAUCCCAGUUGCGGCAUCGUUGGGAUACGAAGUUUGAUGAUUGCUUCGCCAAUAUUUGUGAUGCCCAGUUUCAAUAUGACUAUGAGUAUCUGGGCAAUACACCCCGUCUUGUCAUAACACCCCUCACCGAUCGCUGUUACAUUACCCUCACCCAAUCUUUGCAUCUCAUUAUGGGUGGAGCCCCUGCAGGACCGGCUGGUACUGGAAAAACUGAAACUACCAAAGAUCUGGGUCGUGCCCUCGGCAUGAUGGUUUACGUUUUCAAUUGUUCCGAACAAAUGGAUUACAAAUCCAUUGGUGAUAUACACAAAGGCCUAGCCCAAACUGGUGCCUGGGGUUGUUUCGAUGAAUUCAAUCGCAUUUCCGUCGAAGUCCUAUCCGUCGUCGCUGUCCAAGUGAAAUGCAUUCAGGACGCCAUUAAGGCAAAAAAAUUAAUGUUCAACUUCUUGGGUGAAAUUAUUGUUCUACGUGCCACCGUGGGUAUGUUCAUCACCAUGAACCCCGGCUAUGCUGGACGUGCUGAACUGCCCGAAAACUUAAAAGCUUUAUAUCGACCUUGUGCCAUGGUGGUGCCUGACUUUGCCUUAAUCAGUGAAAUUAUGUUGGUGGCUGAAGGUUUCCAGGAGGCACGUUUGCUGGCUCGCAAAUUCAUUGCCCUGUACGAGCUGUGCCGAGAACUGUUAUCCAAACAGGACCAUUACGAUUGGGGUUUGCGUGCCAUCAAAUCUGUCUUGGUUGUUGCCGGUGCCCUGAGGCGUGAUGAUCGCCAUCGUCCCGAGGACCAAGUUCUGAUGAGAGCCUUGCGUGAUUUUAAUAUACCGAAAAUUGUCACCGACGAUCUGCCAGUCUUCAUGGGUCUAAUUGGUGAUCUCUUCCCCGCAUUGGAUGUACCACGUAAACGAAAUUUGGAAUUUGAGGCUGUCAUCAAAAAAUCCGCCAUAGACCUUAAACUACAACCCGAUGAUGGUUUCGUUUUAAAAAUUGUACAACUAGAAGAAUUAUUUGCUGUGCGGCAUUCUGUGUUCGUAAUAGGUUUUGCGGGUACGGGAAAAUCGGAGGUGUGGAAGACAUUGAAUAAAACCUAUGCCAAUCAGAAACGGAAACCCCACUACAAUGACAUCAAUCCCAAGGCGGUAACAAAUGAUGAACUGUUCGGAGUGGUAAAUCAGGCUACACGCGAAUGGAAAGAUGGUUUAUUUUCGAUAACCAUGCGUGAUCAGGCAAAUUUGGGUGGAACGGGACCGAAGUGGAUUGUACUGGAUGGUGAUAUAGAUCCAAUGUGGAUUGAAAGUUUAAAUACCGUUAUGGAUGAUAAUAAGGUGCUGACAUUGGCCAGUAAUGAACGUAUCGCUUUAACGAAGGAAAUGAGGUUGCUGUUCGAAAUUGCCAAUUUGAAAUCGGCUACACCAGCCACGGUUUCGAGAGCGGGGAUUUUAUAUAUUAAUCCACAAGAUUUGGGAUGGACACCGUUCAUAUUGUCCUGGUUAAAUACACGCACGAAUGCCUCCGAAGUGUCCACUCUCAAUGUGCUCUUUGAUAAAUAUGUACCACCCAUGUUGGAUGCAUUUCGGGUGAAAUUUAAGAAAAUCACACCCAUUUCGGAUAUUGCCAUGUUGCAAAUGACAUGCUUCCUACUGCAAAGUAUGUUGACGCCUCAAAAUGUCCCAGCGGAUUGUCCCAAAGAUUGGUAUGAAAUCUAUUUUGUAUUCUGUGUCAUUUGGGGUUUUGGGUCCACCCUAUUUCAAGAUCAAAUUAUCGAUUGGCGUAAUGAAUUCCAUAAAUGGUUUACAAAUGAAUUUAAAACAGUGAAAUUCCCCGAAGCUGGCACCAUAUUUUCCUAUUACGUUGAUCACAACACUAAGAAAUUCCGACCAUGGACAGAUUUGGUGCCAAGUUUUGAAUUGGAUCCCGAUGUACCGUUGCAGGCGAAUUUGGUACACACCUCCGAGACAACGCGUCUGCGUUACUUCAUGGAUGUUCUUAUUGAGGAUAAUUAUCCGAUUAUGUUAAUAGGGGCACCGGGUUCGGGUAAAACCAUUAUUAUGAAUUCAAAAUUGAAUUCAUUGCCAACGGAAAAAUAUGCAGUCACCAAUGUGCCCUUUAAUUUUUACACCACCUCGGAAAUGUUGCAGAGGAUAUUGGAGAAACCUUUGGAGAAGAAAGCUGGUCGUAACUAUGGUCCACAGGGUAAUAAACGAAUGCUGUAUUUUGUGGAUGAUAUGAAUAUGCCCGAGGUGGAUAAAUAUGGCACAGUGCAACCGCAUACAUUGAUUCGCCAAUUUAUGGAUUAUCGCCAUUGGUAUGACCGUGUCAAGAUGACACUGCGUGAUAUACACAAUUGUCAAUUUUUAUCGUGUAUGAACCCCUCGGCGGGAUCAUUUACCAUUAAUCCAAGGUUGCAAAGGCAUUUUUGCUCCUUUGCUGUGAAUCAGCCCAGUUCGGAUGCUCUCUUUCAUAUUCUCAAUUCGAUUUUGUCCCAACACUUAGCAAAUCCAAUUCAUAAGUUUGACAAAUCUGUUAUCAAUCUAUCCGAACCUCUGGUCCAAACUGCCAUUAAUUUGCAUCAGAAAAUUGCUGCUACAUUUUUACCCACAGCUGUGAAAUUCCAUUACAAUUUUAAUUUGAGGGAUAUUUCGAAUAUUUUUACCGGUAUGUUGUAUGCCAACUUUGAAACCUGUCCAAAUCCCAAUAUGCUUCUACGCCUAUGGACCCAUGAAUGUAAUCGGGUGUAUGGCGAUAAGCUGGUCGAUAAAAACGACAUUAACACAUACAACAAAUUAAUUCUCGAAAUGGUACGCAAGGGCAUAGAAAGCUAUAAUGAGGAUAUUGUAUUUGCCAAACCGCAUAUUUAUUGUCAUUUUGCUAAAGGCUUGGCAGAUAGCAAAUAUAUGCCCGUAGCCGAUUGGGAAAGGCUACACAAGCUACUGGAAGAGGCUCAAGAUCGUUAUAAUGAUUUUGUUGGGGCCAUGAAUUUGGUACUCUUUGAAGAUGCCAUGGCUCACAUUUGCCGGAUAUCUCGUAUUAUGGAAUCGUCGAGAGGUUAUGCUCUGCUUAUAGGUGUUGGUGGAUCGGGUAAACAGUCGUUAACGCGUUUAGCAGCAUCUAUCUCUUCGCUGGAUGUCUUUCAAAUACAGCUGACUAAGGAUUAUGGUAUCAAUGAUUUGAAAGCGAAUAUUGCAACGCUUUAUAUGAAAUGUGGUGUAAAGAAUUCCGCCUCCUGCUUCCUAAUGACUGAUGCCGAAGUUGCCAGGGAACAAUUUUUAGUGUUGAUCAAUGAUCUGUUGGCCUCGGGAGAUAUUCAUGAGCUUUUCCCCGAUGAUGAGGUGGAAAAUAUUAUCAAUGCUGUACGCAAUGAAGUCAAGCAGUUGGGAAUUAUGGAUAAUCGGGAAAAUUGUUGGAAACAUUUUAUCGAAAAGGUACGCAGUUCCCUGAAAGUCGUUCUGUGUUUCUCUCCCGUGGGUACAACACUGAGAAUUCGAGCUCGAAAUUUCCCUUCUCUGGUGAAUUGUACCACAAUUGAUUGGUUCCAUGAAUGGCCUCAGGAAGCUCUUGAAUCGGUGUCGUAUCGGUUUCUACAAGAAAUUGAAGUUCUACCCAAAGAGCUUGCCCCACCCGUAUCACGUUUCAUGGCCUAUGUUCACAAGACCGUCAAUGACAUCUCGAAAGUGUAUUUACUUAAUGAUAAGCGUUAUAACUAUACCACACCGAAAAGCUUUUUGGAACUCAUCAGCCUCUAUACUAAACUUCUCAGAGAAAAAGUGAAAGCCAAUCAGGAUCGUAGAAUACGCCUUCAAAAUGGCCUCAUCAAAUUGGCUAGUUGUUCCAAAGAAGUUGAUGCCCUCCAGGAGGUCUUGAAAGUUCAAGAGGUGGAGUUGAAAAUUAAAAAUGAAGAGGCCGACAAUUUGAUUGUUGUGGUGAGUACCGAAAAUGAAAAGGUUUCCAAAGAGAGAGCAUUUGCCUCGAAGGAAGAGAAAAAUGUGCGGCAGAUUGAGGAGGAUGUUACCGCCAAGGCCAAGUUAUGUGAAGAAGAUUUUCGUAAGGCACAACCAGCUUUGCUGGCUGCCCAAGAAGCUUUAAAUACUCUAAACAAAAACAAUCUCACGGAAUUGAAAUCUUUCGGCUCACCACCCGAGGCUGUGGUGAAUGUAUGCUCAGCGGUAUUGGUCUUGUUUGCCCAAAAGGGUAAAAUUCCCAAAGAUCGCAGCUGGAAGGCAUGUCGCCAGAUUAUGGGCAAUGUUGAUAAAUUCCUUGACAAUCUGGUUAAUUAUGACAAGAAACAUAUACACCCGGAUAUUAUAAAGGCUCUACAGCCAUAUUUGGCUGAUCCGGAAUUUGAUCCCGAGAAAAUUCUGGCCAAGUCAAGUGCAGCUGCUGGUCUCUGUUCAUGGGUGAUAAACAUCAAUCGUUUCUAUGAUGUAUAUUUGGUGGUGGAGCCUAAGGAGAGAGCCUUAAUGGAGGCGGAACAGGAAUUGACAGAUGCUCGAGAUAAAUUAACUGCUCUCAAUAAUCGUCUCAAUGAAUUGGAGGAGGAGUUAAAUGUUCUGCAAAUGAAAUACGAUGAUGCCUUGGCGAAAAAACAAAAAUGUCAGGAUGAGGCUGACAAGACGGCAUUCACCAUUGAUUUGGCUAAUCGUUUAAUUGGCGGAUUGGCUUCGGAGAAAAUUCGUUGGGCGGAAUCGGUUAAGAACCUCAAGACCAGCCACGAAACUUUGCCAGGGGAUAUCCUCCUGAUAGCCUGCUUUAUUUCCUAUGUCGGCUGCUUUACUCGGGCCUAUCGCACAGAAUUGCAAACAAAAAUGUGGCAACCAGCCUUCAAGGGCAGUGAGCCCCGCAUACCCUCCAGUGAAGAUUCGGAUCCAUUUGAAAUGAUUUGUGAUGAUGCCCAAAUUGCUGAGUGGAAUAAUCAAGGAUUGCCCAGUGAUCGCAUGUCUGCCGAAAAUGCGGCGAUAUUGGUGCAUUCGGAGCGAUAUCCCUUGAUGAUUGAUCCGCAAUUGCAGGGCAUCAAGUGGGUGAAAAAUAAAUAUGCCAGCAAUAUUGUGGUGUUGCGCCUAACCCAAAGAGGAUAUUUGGAUAAAAUCGAACAGGCUGUGAGCAAUGGCAAUGUUUUGCUUUUGGAAAAUAUUGGAGAAAAUAUAGAUGCAGUGUUAAAUCCUCUGCUGGGUAGAAUGCUAAUCAAAAAGGGUACAUGUCUGAAAAUGGGUGAUCGUGAAAUCGAUUAUAAUCCUAAGUUCCGCUUGAUCUUACACACCAAAUUGGCCAAUCCACAUUAUAAACCCGAAAUGCAGGCCCAAACAACGUUGAUAAAUUUCACGGUUACACGUGAUGGGUUGGAAGAUCAGCUAUUGGCUGAGGUGGUAAAGGCGGAAAGACCUGAUUUGGAGGUCCUCCGUUCACGUUUGACCCAACAGCAGAAUCAUUUUAAAAUCACCCUGAAAUUCUUGGAAGAUGAUUUGUUGCAAAGGCUCUCCUCGGCUGGGGAGAAUGUUUUGGAAGAUGUUUCAUUGGUUAUGAAUUUGGAAAAGACCAAAAAGACGGCCGAUGAAAUUGAAAUCAAAGUGGCGGAGGCAAAAAUUACUGCAGUGCAAAUCGAUACGGCAAGAGAGGCAUACCGUCCGGCAUCGGAGAGGGCUUCGAUUAUUUAUUUUAUACUCAAUGAUUUAUUUAAAAUCAAUCCCAUUUAUCAGUUUUCCUUAAAGGCUUUUACUGUGGUCUUCUCGAAUGCCAUUGCCAAAGCCCAGGUGUCGGAGAGACUGAAGGAGAGGGUGGAGAACCUUAUUGACUCGAUUACCUAUUGUGCCUUUAUGUAUACCUCUAGAGGUUUGUUUGAAGCGGAUAAAUUGAUUUUCCUUACCCAGCUGUGUAUACAGAUACUCAUCAAUGCUGGAGAGGUGGAACCGGCGGAAUUGGAUUUCCUUCUCAGAUUCCCCUAUAUGGUCAACAUCACCUCCAAUUUGUCAUUCCUUACCAACAUGGGAUGGGGUGGCAUAAAGGCUUUGAGUAAUUUGCCCGCCUUCAAAGGUCUGGAGAAAGACAUGGAAACUUCACAGAAACGUUGGAAGACCUUCAUCGAUUCCGAGUGUCCGGAACGUGAAAAAUUUCCCGGAGAAUGGAAAACUAAAUCAGCCAUCCAGAGAUUGUGUAUUAUGCGGUGCAUACGUCCCGAUCGCAUGUCAUAUUCAAUGAAAGUUUUUAUCGAAGAAAAAUUGGGCUCCAAAUACAUCGAUGCCCGGUCCAUGGAAUUUUCGCGAACAUUUGAAGAAAGCAGCCCAGAGACUCACAUUUUCUUUGUCCUCUCACCGGGUGUAGAUCCCCUCAAGGAUGUUGAGAAAUUGGGAAAGAUUUUGGGCUUCCAUUCGGAUAAUGAAAAUUUCCAUAGUGUUUCGCUGGGUCAGGGUCAAGAAAUUGUGGCGGAGAAUGCCAUAGAUACGGCUUCGAGGAAGGGUCACUGGGUGGUAUUGCAGAAUAUACAUUUGGUGGCACGAUGGCUGCCUUCGCUGGAAAAGAAAAUGGAAGCUUCGCUGCUGGACGUCCACGCGGAUUACCGUUUGUUUCUGAGUGCCGAACCAUCCCCUGACCCGGCCUAUCAUAUUUUACCCCAAGGUAUUUUGGAGUCUGCAAUAAAAAUAACGAAUGAACCACCUACCGGGAUGCAGGCCAACAUACACAAAGCUUUGGACAAUUUCAGUGAUGAAACCUUGGAAAUGUGUUCCAAGGAGACGGAAUUCAAGGCCAUACUCUUUUCCCUGUGCUAUUUCCAUGCCGUGGUGGCAGAGCGUCGCAAAUUUGGCGCCCAAGGUUGGAAUCGGGUGUAUCCCUUUAAUGUGGGAGAUCUCACCAUCUCCGUUUAUGUUCUCUUCAAUUAUUUGGAGGCCAAUAAUCGGGUACCAUGGGAGGAUUUACGCUACCUCUUCGGGGAAAUUAUGUAUGGAGGUCACAUUACCGAUGACAGAGAUCGCAGGCUGUGUCGCACCUAUUUAGAGGAAUUUAUGCAACCUGAUUUAAUUGAUGGUGAACUGCAAUUCUGUCCUGGCUUCCGUGCCCCUGGUAUCCUAAAAUAUGCUGGGUAUCACGACUACAUAGAUGAAAAUCUUCCACCGGAAAGUCCCAAUCUUUAUGGUCUACAUUUAAAUGCUGAAAUUGGUUUCCUUACCACAGUAUCGGAACGUUUAUUUAGGGUUGUAUUCGAAUUACAACCCCGUUUGGCUGGGGCCUCCGAUGCCAGUGGUGGUGAUGCCCUUUCACAAGAUGAUGUCGUCAAGGGUAUGUUGGAGGAUUUGAUUGACAAAAUUCCGCCACCUUUUAAUAUACCCGAACUAAUGGCCCGUGUUGAAGAUCGUAACCCCUAUAUAUUGGUUGCAUUUCAAGAAUGUGAGCGAAUGAAUAUCCUCAUGGCUGAACUGAAAAGAUCGCUGCAUGAACUGGAAUUGGGUCUAAAGGGAGAGUUGACCAUCUCCUCAACCAUGGAAAAUCUGAUGUCUUCCCUAUUUAUGGAUCAGGUGCCGGAGUCAUGGACAAAAUUGGCCUAUCCCAGUACAUUGGGUCUCCAGUCAUGGUUUGCUGAUUUACAAUUGCGACUGCGAGAACUGGAAACAUGGGUUUCAGAUUUCCGUCUACCCUCUUCGGUGUGGUUAGGCGGAUUCUUUAAUCCGCAAAGUUUUCUUACCGCUAUUAUGCAGCAGACGGCCCGAAAAAAUGAAUGGCCUCUGGAUAGGAUGUGUUUGAACACUGAUGUUACCAAGAAGUUUAAGGAUGAAAUAUCUUCCGCUCCUCGAGAAGGUGCCUAUAUUAAUGGUCUCUUUAUGGAGGGUGCCCGUUGGGAUAUGCAGUUAAAUUCCAUAGCCGAUGCCUAUCUGAAGGAAUUAUUCCCAGCCAUGCCGGUUAUAUUUGUUAAGGCAGUGCAAAAGGACAAACAGGAUACAAAGAAUAUUUAUGAGUGUCCUGUUUAUAAAAUAAG